AGUUUGGAAAAGCAAAAAAAGAUUAUUACAACAAUGUUUUUAAAAAUACACAGGAAGGAUAUUAGGAAAACUUGGACUCACAUAAAUGAACUGCUUGGAAGAGGGAAAAGGGAUCUUAUACCAGAUGAAAUGUAUGAGGAUGAGAAAAACAAGACAAAGAAGAACAAGUUCCAAUUAGUUCCUGACCAUGAAUCCUCAGACAUCAACCAACCAGUCAGUACCACCCUUGGUACCAAUAACAUCAGGUUCAGCUGUCCAAGGAAGUGGAGGAGGAGGUGUUCCCAAAGCAGCUGUACCUUGUAAAACACUUCAGGAAACCAUCAAGGCCAUUGAAACUCAGAUUAAUAUUAUGGAGAAGAUUGGUCAGCUUUCAUCAAAGCAAGAAGGUGACUUGACUAAGCUUCGUGAACUACAUCAGAAGGCUCUGCAGGAACAAGAGAGGCUCCGAGUUGAGAAGAUGCAUGGUAAUAUGGCCCCAAUUCAUCAGCAACCCAACUCGGCUACACAGGCAAUCAAGUCAAUAGCAUCCAGCAGCAACAACAACAGCAAUGUCCAGCUUGGUGCGAGUAGUAGCAGUAGUAGCAGCUCCCAUUCACUGCAGCAUUCGUCAUCUAGUAUACGUGAUACGCCUAGAGAAUCACCCAUCUCAAUGUCCAUAGGAGCCGGUGGGGAUACAGGAGAUUCAUCCAAGAUUCUGAACAAGAAGAAGAUCCAAGAUCUUGUGAGAGAGGUUGAUCCAAACACACAGCUUGAUGAAGAUGUUGAAGAGAUGUUGCUUCAAAUAGCUGACGAUUUCAUCGAGAAUAUAGUGACUGCAGGCUGUCAGUUGGCCAAACAUAGAAAGUCUUCAACCCUUGAAGUCAAAGAUAUCCUCAUGCAUCUAGAGAGGAAUUGGAACAUGUGGAUACCAGGCUACGCACCAGACGAAGCACCCAAAGCUCACAAGAGACCCGCAUCUACAGAGGCGCAUAAACAAAGAAUGGCUCUUAUACGAAAAACACUCAAGAAAUAAACAACAUUGGAAUAUGUUACUUUUGAUAUAUGAACUUUGGUGAGAGACAAUACCUGCAGAAAAGACAACACCAUUCAGAUAUAUGUACAUAAGGUGAUUAUGUAUAGUCAGAAGGAUAGGCCUUUUAUGUUGCAUGUGGAUAUCAUGGCACGGACCAGUGGAAGUGUCUGAAUCACACGAGAGACCAGCAUCGACAGAGGCACAUCAACAAAGGAUGGCUCAUAUACAGAAAACAGUCAUAUAAACAUUAACAUUGGAAGAUGUUGCAUUCAAAAUAUGUUCUGUGGUUAAAGACAUAACCUUUCAGAUACAUGUAUGUAUAUGAUUAUAUAUGUGAAAAUUGAUUUAGGAUGGGUAAUUUCCAUGGCUAUAUCAGGCUAUGUGCUGUAGGAAGUUUCUACAUGUAAAUUUCACAACAGACACCGGCGACAGAGGCUUACAUAAAUAAAAAAGAUGGCUCUCAUAUGAAAAACACUAGCUAUAUUUGAACAUAUUCCUUUUAAAAUAUGGUGAAAGACUGUGCAUUUCAGAUGCUAUAUAGACCAAGCCUUUCAGAUAUUAGAGAGUUUUUGCACAGUGGCGCAGAAUGAAUCCUACAGCCUAGCAAAUGCAUUGAAAAUGUAACUCAAAUCACAAUGAAGUCUUUGCUGAGGGUCAGUGAAUUGAGAGAGAUGUUUCGUCUGACCUUGGACAAACAUCAUAUUUGCCAUUUUU